AUGAGUUUUUACGCCGACCAAACCUACUCAACCUUUAGUGGCUAUCCUUCGGUUUAUCAUCCAGUGGAUGAAGUAACUGGAAAGGCUCUCAUUAGUUCAAACAUUGAUUUUUGUGAGGCUAAUUUUCAGUAUUCGUCGUUCGUUGCUGAACCUGUGAAUACUAUUUCGUCCUAUGUGUAUCUGUUGAUUGCUAUUGCUCACUUAUAUUUCAUUUUCAAGUUUGAAAGGACGUUGAAUAAGGUUGGUGGAUUAUUUUGGAGGUUUUACAUUGGUUCUGUUUUUUGCAUCUUUCUGGGCUUUGGAAGCUCCUUUUUGCAUGCCACCCUGACCAGAAUUGGUCAAUACACAGAUGAAAUUCCCAUGGUGAUGUGCGUUAAUCAAGGAAUUUAUAAUUACUUGUUUAAGGAAAAGAAGAAUUGUGACAGAAAGUGGUAUCAUAAUAUUGUACUAAUUGCAUUGGUCACAUUUACUGUUGGUCACUCAUUGGCAACCAUUUGGUUUCCAAAAAGCUAUGCUGUAUUCGUUUUUGUGUUUGCUGCCUUGUUGAAUUUAUCCACUGCCUUUGAGGCAAUUCAAAUUUACAGAGGAAAUAAUCUGGCUGAAUGGCUUCGUCAAUAUUUGCCACAAAACCAACACUCUGAGGUUGAGGGGCUAGUUUCCAAGAUCAGAAGAAUUUAUUUUAUUUAUUUCAGCUUUUUCUUGGUGGCAUUCAUUUUGUGGUCUAUUGAAUUUGCUUUUUGCCCAUACGUUUACUUUUUGCACCUUCAUGCUUAUUGGCACAUUUUGACUGCCAUUGCAGCAAAUGCAAAAAGCACACUGUGGAUCUACCUAACCAUGCUUGGUCAUGGUUUUACUGAUGUCAACUUGACCUAUUUUGACAGAUUCCGAAUUUUGGCAAAGAUCGAAUUGGACUAUAAGAGCAAGAGAAACUAA